AUGAUAAUACAGCGUGAGAUCGGGCUGCGCAUCCCCCAGUGCCUCGCUCUGAGGUCCAAGUAUGUUGUCGGUGUCACCGGCGCAGCUCGACAAUACUCUGCUCCCCCCGAUCCUCCUGUCCCAAGGACAGAGGAGCCAAAUACCACCACCGUCUCCCCGCGAUGGCUGACCGACACCAAGGCACGGAUAGGCAAGUGCAUAUCGUUCGGCAUGUCGCCGUCCCUCGUCGACUCGGCGGGCAACAUCCUCCGCGAGCUGGGAACCGACUGGCGAAAUCUAGUCGCAGGCAGUGAAGGCUAUCUGACCUCCAAGGAAAGAGCAGGGCUGCACCGACAGGCAAUCGUGUGGGGCGAGCAGGACUCGAUGGGCCACGUCAACAACGUCAUGUACGUGCGCUUCGCGGAAUCCGGGCGGUGCAACUGGACGCGCAACAUCGGACAGUACUUCGACCCUACUCACAAAUCCGCGUGGGAGAAUCUGCUCACCAACCGCGGCAUCGGCCUUAUUCUCAAGAGCAUCACCGUCGAGUUCAAGUUCCCCAUGACCUGGCCGGACCGCAUCUCCGUUUAUCACAAGCUGAGGUCGCGGCCGGACGAGAACACGCGGUCCAUGGUCCUGGACGUCAUGAUCCUCUCCGAGGGCAAGCAGCGCCCUGCCGCCAGGUGUCUCGAGGACGUGGUCGUCUAUGACUAUAAGCUGGGGAAGAAAAGCCGGCUUGAGGCGUUCAUGCUCGCCCAGUUCAAGCACAUCUUCGAUCUCCAGGAGGCCGCAAAGGUCGAGAAUCUAGCUAAGAUCCAGGUCAUCGAAGGCCAAGUCCGCUUCCUUGAGACCCAGAGCUGGGAUAGGCCUGGUGCGAAAGAGGACCUCGGCAGUGCUGUGCCGUCGUCGUGA